AAGUACAUUAGGUAGGCUGGCCCUCUAGGCGCAACCGCAACCCGGAAGCACUCACUGAGGCUCCGCCCCGUCCGCCAAAAUAGCUGUCUGGAGGCUCGGCGCUUCCUUUCUACGUUAGCGCUCAUCGUGUAGCCAUCAGGCGCGGUUCCACCAUGCAGAACGACGCCGGCGAGUUCGUGGACUUGUACGUUCCGCGCAAGUGCUCCGCCAGCAACCGCAUUAUCGGUGCCAAGGACCACGCGUCCAUCCAGAUGAACGUGGCCGAGGUCGACAAGGUAACCGGCAGGUUCAACGGCCAGUAUAGGACCUACGCGAUCUGUGGGACCAUCCGCAAGAUGGGCGAGUCGGACGACUCCAUUCUACGACUGGCCAAGGCGGAUGGCAUCGUCUCAAAGAAUUUCUGACUUCGGGGGAAACCACGAUGUGGAGUAUUUGUAUAAAUAAACAGUGAAAGCCCA